UCGAUCUCUGUUUUUCUCCUAUGGAAAACAAAUCAUUUUCAGUUGGGUUACUAAGAACCUUCCUCCUCCUUUCCACACUGUUUUGGCCAUCUUUCUCACGCAGCUCACCCCAUAAAACCUCCCCUACUCCCUCUUCUAACACCAUUCAGCAGUACUUGAUCCCUCACAACACUGAAAGAUCAAAGCUCGGCCUCCCUCCUCUCAAAUGGAGCAAGAAACUAGAGAGCUACGCUUCCUGGUGGGCCCGCCAAAGGCGAGAAGACUGCUCGUUGAUUCAUUCGAACAGCGAAUUCGGGGAGAACCUCUUCUGGGGGAGUGGACAUGACUGGAAGCCGAGUGAUGCAGUUAAAGCAUGGGCAACAGAGAGUUGCUACUACAACCACAAGACUAACUCUUGUGAUCAGAAAAAGGAUUGCUUGCAUUAUACUCAAAUGGUUUGGAAGCAGAGCUCGAAGAUUGGUUGUGCUAAAGUUAUAUGUAAGGGUGGGGAUACUAUUUUUGCUUGUGUUUAUGAUCCUCCAGGUAAUGUUAUAGGCCAAAAGCCAUUUUGAACAAUGUUCAUGUUUUAGAACAAAUGUUCUUUCAAAUGUACAUGUUUAUAAUAAUCGCUAGUUGUGUAUGUUCCAAUUUGUAAUACCUAAUAUAUAGAUUUAUGGUCAUUCUAUAAAGUCAU